AUGGCGCCGGAGCCAGCCCCGGCCCGCGGAGCCGGCUUUACUUCCGGUGAGGAAGGGAAAGGCGGGGCGCCACCGGAAGCGAGGAAGGUGCUGUGUAAUCACCGACAAGCUGAAGUCCUUGGAUCUCCUAAAAUGCCGGAUUACCUCGGUGCAGAUCAGCGGAAAACCAAAGAAGAUGAGAAAGACGACAAGCCCAUCCGAGCUCUGGAUGAAGGGGAUAUUGCCUUGCUGAAAACUUAUGGUCAGAGCACUUACUCUAGGCAAAUCAAACAGGUUGAAGAUGACAUUCAACAACUUCUCAAGAAAAUUAAUGAGCUCACGGGUAUUAAAGAGUCUGACACUGGCCUGGCCCCACCAGCACUCUGGGAUUUGGCUGCUGAUAAGCAAACACUCCAGAGUGAACAGCCUUUGCAGGUCGCGAGGUGCACAAAGAUAAUCAAUGCUGAUUCGGAGGACCCGAAGUACAUUAUCAAUGUGAAGCAGUUUGCCAAGUUUGUGGUGGACCUCAGUGAUCAGGUUGCACCUACUGACAUUGAAGAAGGGAUGAGAGUUGGUGUGGACAGAAAUAAGUAUCAGAUUCACAUUCCACUGCCUCCUAAGAUUGACCCAACAGUUACCAUGAUGCAGGUGGAGGAAAAACCUGAUGUUACGUAUAGUGAUGUGGGUGGCUGUAAGGAACAGAUUGAGAAACUUCGAGAAGUAGUUGAAACCCCACUACUUCAUCCAGAGAGGUUUGUUAACCUUGGCAUUGAGCCUCCUAAAGGUGUGCUGCUCUUUGGUCCACCGGGUACAGGCAAGACACUCUGUGCUCGGGCAGUUGCUAAUAGGACCGAUGCUUGCUUCAUUCGAGUUAUUGGAUCUGAACUUGUACAGAAGUACGUCGGUGAGGGGGCUCGAAUGGUUAGAGAGCUCUUUGAAAUGGCCAGAACAAAGAAAGCCUGCCUUAUCUUCUUUGAUGAAAUUGAUGCUAUUGGAGGGGCUCGUUUUGAUGAUGGUGCUGGGGGUGACAAUGAAGUGCAGAGGACCAUGUUGGAACUGAUCAAUCAGCUGGAUGGGUUUGAUCCUCGAGGCAACAUUAAAGUUCUGAUGGCCACAAACAGACCUGACACUCUGGACCCCGCGCUGAUGAGGCCCGGGAGACUGGACAGGAAGAUUGAGUUUAGCUUACCUGAUCUAGAGGGUCGGACUCACAUUUUUAAGAUUCAUGCCCGUUCAAUGAGUGUUGAAAGAGAUAUCAGAUUUGAAUUGUUAGCACGACUGUGUCCAAAUAGCACUGGUGCUGAGAUCAGAAGCGUCUGCACAGAAGCUGGUAUGUUUGCCAUCCGAGCACGGCGAAAAAUUGCUACUGAGAAGGAUUUCUUGGAAGCUGUAAAUAAGGUCAUCAAGUCCUAUGCCAAAUUCAGUGCUACUCCGCGCUAUAUGACAUACAACUGAGCCCUGGAGGUGUUCGUGAAAACACUUUUCAUUGGAAUCCUAACCUUAUACAGACUUCUUAAUAACCAUUUCACACACAAAAUAAGUGGUUUUCAAAAUUGUAUGCUUUUUUUUUCAGAUGUCGUUUCUCUGUGGUACAAUAAAGGGUGAUAUCUAAUG